AUGUCAAGUAAGAAGGAAGAGAAAGCUCAGGUUGCAGCUGAUAGAAUCAAGGCUGCAGCAUUGACUGCUGCCAAAGGGCUUAGUCGAGCGCAAGCCGAACGUGCGGCAACUGCGGCUGCUCGAAAUGUUAAUGCUUACGGUCAGAAGGAAGAAGGGCCUAGCAGGUGGCAAGAGAAAAGGGAAGCUAAGAGACAGAUGUAUUUGAUGAGUACUGAGAAAGCUGUUAAAUUGGGUGUAAGGAAGGAACAUAAACCCACUAUGUCAACCAUUGGUGGGAAUGCACAGUGUCAAAAGUGUUACAGCGAUAAACACUGGACGUAUGAGUGCAAGGGCGAGCGGGUUUACAUUUCACGGCCUUCUCGGACCCAGCAACUUAAAAACCCUAAGUUGAGGGUGAAAGUGUCGGAAGUGACUAUGGAAAGUGAUUUGGGUUAUAAUAAUAAUCGGAAUGAUGCUAAGGAGGAAAAAGUUAGAGUGAGUCCCAAAAAGACCAAGAGGAAGCAUCGGUCGGCUCCUGGUAGUGAUAGUGAGGAUUCAGUAUUUGAGACUGAUAGUGGAAGUGGAUCAUCGUCUGUUACUGGGUCAGAUUAUUCUUCUGAGAGUAGUUCAGGUUCCAGUUCAUCAUCUGAUUCAGAGGAAGAAAGGAGACGGAGGAAGAGGAGGAGUUUGAAGAAGAAGCAGAGUGAGAAGAAGAGCAAAGGAAAAAGCAGGAGGUACAGUACAUCAUCUGAAUCGUCUGAUUCAGAUUCUGGUUCAGACUCUGAUUCUGAUGAUAAAAGCAGCAAGAGGAAGAAGAGGCACAGUCGAAGACGUUGA